CAUUUCCUGUCACUAAAAACUCUCUCUCCCCAGACAUUCUCUCCUCCAAUCUCGCUGUUACGCACUGUGCAUCCAACAACAACAACAACCACCAAAGCUUUUGAUCUGAUCUGAUCUGAUAAGAUGGCGAGCAUCAGCAACGAGCCAGAGCGUGAGCACAGAGACGAAGAAGAGUCCGGAGCCAACGAGGACGAAGACACCGGCGCUCAGGUCGCUCCCAUCAUCAAACUCGAAGAAGUCGCCGUCACCACCGGUGAAGAAAACGAAGAUACCAUCCUCGAUCUGAAAUCGAAGCUGUAUAGGUUCGAUAAAGAUGGGAGUCAGUGGAAGGAGAGAGGAGCUGGGACUGUCAAGUUCUUGAAGCACAAGGAGACUGGGAAGAUUCGUCUCGUUAUGAGGCAAUCCAAAACUCUCAAGAUCUGUGCUAAUCAUCUCGUUACGUCGGGGAUGAGUGUUCAGGAGCACGCUGGGAAUGAUAAGUCUUGUGUGUGGCACGCUCGUGAUUUCUCCGAUGGGGAGUUGAAGGAUGAGCUUUUCUGUAUCCGCUUUGCCAAUGUUGAGAACUGCAAAGCGUUCAUGCAAAAGUUCAAGGAAGUUGCUGAAUCUGAAGAAGAGAAAGAGGAGAGUAAAGACGCUUCUGAGGCUGCUGGUCUUCUUGAGAAGUUAACAGUGGAAGAGAAGAACACGGAGGAGGAGGAGAAGAAGGAAGAGAAACCAGUGGAGAAGGUAGAGAAAGCUGUUGAAGAAAAGAAAACCGAGGAGACUGUCCCCUCAGCGUAAGAUGCAUAUGCCUUGUACAACAAACACACAAGGCUACUUAAUUUACAGCCUCAUAUGUUUUAAAUCCAUCAGAGACUUGGCUUUCUUUUCUUUUUUUUCUUGAAAUUGAUACAUGUUUUGUCAGUGUCAUCAUGUUUACUUGCUGAGUCUAUAUGAGAUUCUGGGGUUGUUUUUGGGAUUCGUUUUGUGGAAAGAAUAUAUCCCUUUGUUUUGAUUUUCCAAAAUGUAUGCAUUGGUGUGUUUUUUUUUUCAUUAAACAAGUCGUGUUACAUUA